CUCCAUUUUUCUUACAGUGCAGGUGAGAAAUAUAAAAAGUACAUUUUCUAAAAUCGAAAUUUCAACGUUAUUAAGUCUACUUUGGGCAUAAAUGUUUUUCCGUGCCUGGGAAUAGACUCAAGAUGCCAGGAAGACUGUGGAGCAAGGCCAUCUUUGCCGGGUACAAGCGCGGCCUAAGGAACCAGCGGGAGCACACCGCCCUGCUGAAGGUGGAGGGAGUGUACACACGGGAGGAGGUUGACUUCUACCUAGGCAAGCGCUGUGCUUACGUCUACAAGGCUAAGAAGAACACAGUGACUCCUGGUGGCAAGCCCAACAAGACGCGGGUAAUCUGGGGCAAAGUCAUGCGUGCUCAUGGCAACAGUGGAAUGGUGCGGGCCAAGUUCAGCAGUAACCUCCCAGCAAAGGCCAUGGGACACAGAGUCAGAGUGAUGCUGUACCCAUCUCGUGUGUAAUGUGCUGUUUUUGUGUACAUACAAUAAACAAGUCAGGUCCACAA